CUGCUCUUACUCUUCUUCAUCUAUUCUUUUUCUGUCUUCUUUUUUUUUUUCUAGUUAAACAAAGAUUCUAUAUCAUCUGUAGAGAAAUAACAGCCAUGAAUGCCUGGCUAAUCAUCUCUAUGGCCUUUGACAAUAGUCCGGAUGAAAGCAGAAAGCCUUUGAGGAUUUAUAAUUGAUCUGGGGCUCUUCCGGGUGUGUGAGGACGUCAUAACUCUGUGGGGCGUCAGAGACGGCAGGAACGUAUUGGUGUCAUCAGAUCUCGAAAGCCAUGUAUCACUGUGAGGAGGAGGCUCGUCAGGAGGGCAUUCGUCUUCUUGAAACCCACGUCAAGCUGCUGAGAGAGGCCAGGGCGGCGCUUAGUGCUCGGAGACUGGACAAGACCGCCAUCACAGACCGGAGGGGAGGAGAAAGACUUUUACAGGAGAUAGAAAAGGUGGAGGAGAGACUCGAAGCCUGGCAGAAGGCGUACGAGUGCCAGUACCUGCAAGGCAGCAACAUCUGGGACGUCUUGAGGGACGAAGAAAUUGAACGGAACGGGGAGAUCAGCCAAGAAAGAGAUGAAGAAGAAAGUGGAAAGGUGCUCGACAAUUCUCCGAAAGCAAUAGAAAAUGAAAAAUAUAAGACAGAAAAUGCCAUUCUCUGGAAGGAAGGAGAGGAAGAUGAUGAGGGUAAAAAUAAGCAGAUGACGAAAGAAAGAGAUGAUAAGACAUUUCUGAGCUAUAACGACCAAAUAUAUAGAAGUAAUGGGGGGAAUGAAACGAAAUUUGGCAGUGAAACAGCGAGCCAAGAAUCAGAUGUGAAGUUUGGAGCUGAAAACGAGAAGGCGCAAGAAGAGUUACGACCAGCUGGAGUCGACAGGAGGAGCCAGAAGCGACAGCUGGAGGAGACAGAUGAAGAGGAGGAAGAAAACGUCAAGAGGAGAAAGGUUGUGAGUCCGGAAGGCAGCGCUCCUAAGCCGAUGGAGAGUUACAGAGUGUUGGUGCAAAAUCUACCCCUCACCAUCCCUUACAGUGAAUUCAGGGCCUACUUCAUGAGGUUCGGCACUGUGUAUAAGGUAUUCCUGAAGCCUGGUCACGGAUGUGGUUUUGUCAUCUACGAGAACGAGAGCAUAGCAGACCUCGUGUGUAGCCUGCAGCACAAGCUAGGCGGGAAUGAACUGAAGGUGAUGAGAGAUACACCUCGUCCGCCCACCUGUGUUCCUCCUCCCUGCCCUGAGCCCACCGGCAGCCAGGAUUCUGAGGUGUUUGUGUUCGGGGUACCGAGGGAAACAGAUCCUCAGGCGCUCAGCUCUGUUCUGUCGGUGUUCGGACCCGUGGUGAGCGUGAAGCAGCCGUGCCGCAAGACCUACGCCUUUGUUAGGUUUGAAAAUGAAAGCAGCAAGGAGGCUGCAUUACAGGCACGGACAGCCACGCUUAACAACAGGACGGUGGUCAUCAGGCGAACCAGGACCAGCACGGAGGAGGAAAAGAUAAUAGGGAAGGGAGAGGCGGUGCAGGCGGCAGCCAUCACGGAACCAGAUCGCGUAAGGAAAGGCUACCAGGUGUUCGUGUUUGGAGUGACCAUUCCCAUGGACCUGCACGGCUUCAAACAGAGUCUCGCCAGGUUCGGGACGGUGGUGAGUGCCUACAUGCCCGAGGACAGGAACUACGCCUUCGUUGGGUUCGAGACAGAGGAGAGCCAGCAAGCCGCCAUCGAGACCAGUAGCGUCAGCCUGCCUUGCGGACGCGUGGUCAUCAAGCCAGUGUCGCGGAGGUGAGUGGAGGGAGCUGCCGUCCUGUCACCUGUACAUGUAUCUGUUUUCUCAAGUGUCUCAGCGUCUUGUCGGAUAUCUUUUUAACAGGCUGUAGAGAAAGUUACUGCGGUUUUCAAGAGUGUUUUUAUGAUCCUAAUGAUACUUUACAAAGGAUUCUUUAUCGAUAAUGGGAAAAAAAAAACAUUCAGGAAAAUCUCACUAAUAAUCUCUGCAGCCUUUGAGGACACUUCCUAUGAGAGAAGAAAGUAAGUAAGGCCGUCAUGGGUCACGUCAUGUUGUGGUUGCCUUUUGUGGAGCCUUUCGCUCUGAACUUUGUUUGACUGCCGAACAAAAAAGGUCAAGUUUCUUCACCUAAAUCAUGUAUAUAAGAAGAUAUAGGUUUGUAGUGACUGACAAUGUUUUUAUUCAGAGGGAGUAAAAUAAUAUCAGUUUCCUGUAUAUGCUUUCAUUUGGAUAGGUUAUCAUAAGCAGCAAAUUAUUCUGCGGUGAUGGAAAGCUACGGUGGGUGCCAUAUUUCACUUGGUGUUGUGUUAUCCACCUGUGUAAGUGAUAAAAUUGUCUCUCCUGUACAGUGUGAGUACAUAUGUGCCUUCAUAAAUACAAUAAUGAUAUUUUUA